AUGGGUUCCAACAAGAAGAAAAAGAAACCUGCCGCUAAUCCCGCUCGCGGCUUUGCAACCACCUCCGUUGCCAGUAAGCCAAAGCCAGACAAGAAAGAGGAUGCUGCAGAUCUGCCAGAAACAGGAAGUACGCCCACAGCGCCAGCGUCCGCUGCGUCGGAAGAUGUUCAGGCGCCCUUGCCCGGCAGUUCCGAGAAGCCGAAAGAAUUACAUGAGCUCAGCCCUGAAGAACUCGAACAGCAGCUGGAGCAAAAUGAACUUCAGGUCAUAGUAGACAAGCAUGGCGCAAAGACGCGGAAGGAUUCUUCUCGACAGGUCCAGAGAGCACAGACAGAUCGCAGAGUCCUACGAGGACAGGCGCAGCAUCUACCAACCAAGGAUUGGCUUCCCGAGGAGCUAAUGCUCCAGAUUCUUGACCUUGCCCGGGGCGAGCUGGAUGACAGUAGCCAGUUCCAAUCUGAGCAAGGAUCUGCGAUGAGGUCUCUCCCCGAAGAAGACCUUGUUGUGAAGCUGUGGACCUUGCAUCAGGCGCUCUCCGGCUUGGGUUUCUCAGAAGACCGAAUCAAGCAGGUUCUGAAGAGGCUAUGUACAUAUCCUCCAAAUGAAGAUUCUCAGAUAUGGGGCUUUCAAGAGAGUUUACAAUGGCUUGCUGUCAAUUGUGAAAUGCAGGAACUUGAAAACUAUGAUGCUCAGAAACCCAAGUCGAUAAGCAAUCACGAUAGUGAUAUCUCAAGGCCUAGCACACAAACACCUCGGACCACUGAAUCGUUGACCUCAGGAUUGAACACACCGCCGCUGACCAACGCCACAUCUCCAGCCGAAUUAUCAAAAGCCGACGAUCCGGAGGUGACAGAUUUGGAGAGCGAUCUAGAGCCUGAUGAGCUGCUGUCCAAGUACCUAUCUAUCAAAUCCCGCCUGUACGCCGCCAGGCCUGACUUGCUGGCCGAUGGUGCCUCCAGUAAGCGGCGACAGAAACCGAAGGGGCCCAACAUAUUACCGUCUUCGGCACCAUUAACGCCUGCAAUAAGAACCCUGCAAGGACAGCUUCGAAAGAUAGAGUCGGAUGUUCUUUUUGACGAGCGCGAAGCGGAAGAGCGAUGGAAUGCGAGGAGAAAUCAGAUUGCCCAAGACAGAGCCGCUCGAGUGAGAAUGCACCUACCAGACGUCUCCCCAGCUAAAGAUCUUCAAGUGGCUAGCCAAGAGGAAACAGAAAAUGCCACAGACAGAAUCCCUAAAGACGCCGCUGCCAUAGGGGACCGCUUGGUGCAGCAAGAUGAGGACUCUGAUGACGCAGCGCUCUUCGGUGGAAUGUUCUCCGCUGUGCCUGGUGGAACUGACAGUACCGAACAAGUGCUGGAUCAAGAUGAAGGUGCAUCGGAUGGCGUACGCAUAAGAGACUUCGGCCAAUCAACAGGCAUGAGCCCUCGGCGGAUACUUGAGGAAGCCUGUCGCUCCAGGGACUCCGCCGUUAGACUAUCUUUCAAACUUGUAUCGCCGACCACAUACGCCAGUCGUCAUUCGCUCAGCAUAUCCUGGUCAAAAGCUCAGGAGGUUCUUUCAGCGUCCGCUGUUCCGGACAUUUGGUGUGAUUGGCGUGAAGGAGCUAUUACGAUGACCAUGACUACCAUAGCAACACCUGGAGAACACCAAAGCGAAUGCUACAUCUCCACUGCCGCUCUUUUCCUGAUCUUCUCCGGCUCGCCCAAGGAAGAGAAGGCAUACUUGAGGCUUCCUCCUGCGUGGAGAGAUCUAUGGGCAGAACUUGAAGAAAACAAGAAGGAGCAAUCCAAUGCCGCUGAUCGAGAAAUGCUGAAGGAGCUUCGGAAUUUAGUACAUGAUCAACGGCAGAGCGAGGAGGAGGAGGAUGUGGUAUUGAUAGACGGUUUCAGAAAACGAAAUCAGAUCGCCAAUGGUUCAUGCAACUUGACGGAACAGUCGAAUGGUAGCGAGGGCGUUGGUCACGCGUACAGUGGUGAGCUGCAAGAGAUGUGGAACAGAAAGGUUUCGACUCCUUCCUAUCAGCGCAUGUUACUUUCCAGAUUCAAUCUCCCUAUUUUCAGGUUUCGUGAAGAUGCGCUCUCGGCAAUAGAGCACAACCAGAUCACGAUACUCUGUGGAGAGACAGGCUGUGGCAAAAGCACUCAAUUGCCGGCAUUCAUUCUCGAGCAUGAGCUAUCCCAAGGAAGGCCGUGUAAAAUCUACUGCACGGAGCCUCGACGGAUAUCUGCAAUAUCGUUGGCACAGCGUGUCAGUGAAGAGCUGGGGGAGCACAGGAACGAUCUUGGUACACCUCGCUCGUUGAUUGGCUAUGCAAUCCGCCUAGAGUCGCAUGUUGCGUCUUCCACCCGGCUAGUAUAUGCUACUGUCGGAAUUGUACUACGGAUGCUCGAGUCGGCCGGAGGGUUAGACGACAUCACUCACCUGGUCAUUGAUGAGGUACACGAGAGAAGUAUCGAUACUGAUUUCCUCUUGAUCAUCCUACGAUCCUUGCUCCUACGAAGACCAGAGCUUCGCGUCAUUCUUAUGAGUGCUACUGUCGAUGCCCAGCGCUUCUCAACAUACUUGAAUAACGCACCUAUAUUGACAGUGCCUGGGCGUACUUUUCCAGUGCAGACCAAAUACCUUGAAGACGCCAUCGAGUUGACGCAUUAUACGGCCGACCGCCAGAACAAGCACAACAACGGCAACGUAAGCGAUGAAGACGAUGAUGAAGUCCCAGAGAACACCAAAUCCGGCAUACCCACUAAGCUUCAGGGAUACAGCGCCGCAACACGCGACGCGCUUACGCAGUACGACGAGUACCGCAUCGACUACGAGCUUAUCGUCCGACUUGUUGAGCGGGUUGCUUCAGACACGAGUUACAGCCAGUUUAGCAAAGCCGUUCUCGUCUUCUUGCCAGGCAUAGCCGAAAUCCGUCAAUUGAAUGAUAUGCUACUAGGGCACCCGGCUUUCAGCCAAGGAUGGUACAUCUAUCCUCUUCACUCCACCAUCGCCAGCGAAGAGCAGCAAGCGGCGUUCCUAGUACCUCCCAACGGGAUCAGGAAGAUAGUGCUCGCAACGAAUAUCGCAGAAACCGGUAUCACUAUACCUGACAUCACCUGCGUUAUUGACACAGGCAAGCACAAGGAGAUGAGAUACGAUGAGCGGCGACAGCUGUCUCGUCUUACUCAGUCGUUCAUCUCCAAGGCAAACGCCAAGCAGCGGCGAGGUCGCGCUGGCCGUGUUCAAGAAGGCUUAUGCUUCCAUCUCUUUACCAAGUACCGGCAUGAUGAGCUGAUGGCCGAGCAGCAGACCCCGGAGAUGCUCAGGCUCUCAUUACAAGAUCUUGUUAUGCGCGUCAAAAUUUGUAGAUUGGGCGAUAUUGAGCGAACGCUGUCAGAAGCCCUUGAUCCCCCGUCAUCCAAGAACAUCCGACGAGCUAUCGAUGCUCUCAUCGAAGUGGAUGCCCUCACACCUGGAGAAGAGCUUACGCCUCUGGGAAGACAGCUCGCUAAGAUGCCGUUGGACGCCAACCUGGGCAAAUUGACGUUAUUAGCAAGCAUAUUCGGCUGUGUCGAUAUGGCUAUCACUGUCGCAGCUAUCCUGUCAUCAAAGUCACCCUUCAUCACCCCUUUCGGAGCUAGACAACGUGCCGAUACCGUCAGACUCGCAUUCAAGCGCGCGGAUUCGGACUUGCUUACAACAUACAAUGCUUACCUUGCUUGGAAAAAUGUCUGCACUACGCAAGGGGUGUCCGAGAUGCAGUUCUGUAGAAAGAACUUCCUCAGUCCACAGAACCUUAGCAAUAUUGAGGAUCUCAAAUCACAACUACUGUCUUCGCUCACGGAUGCAGGUGCUGUUGCGCUUGGAGCUGACGAGCGAGCGGCUCUGAGCAGGUACCGCUAUGCCUCCCGCCACCGAACGUUCGUCCAGGUCCCGCCGUCCUCCGAUAUGAGUAAUGACAACGACCUGCUCACAACCUCAGUCAUCGCAUGGGCAUUCUACCCUAAGCUCCUCACCCGGGACGGCAAAGGCUGGCGUAACGUAGCGAACAACCAGUCGGUGAGCCUUCACCCAAGCUCGGUCAACAAGGGGACGGCGACGGCGAAAUUCCUGUCCUACUACCACAUCAUGCAAUCAAGCAACAAGUUCUACAACGCUCACUCCACCACCAUCGCGCACCCUCUGCCGGUCAUCUUACUAGCGGGCGAUGCGACAUUCAACCUCUACGCUGGAGUAAUCAUACUCGACGGGAACAGACUCCGCUUCUCAGUAAGGGACUGGAAGACUAUGGUUGCGCUGAAGAUGCUCAGAGCAAGGACGAAGGAGAUCGUGAGCGUGGCAUUCAAGAGCCCGGGCAAGCCGCUGAGCAGGCGGUUGGAGAGAUGGAUGGAGAUCUUGAGGAAAGUAUUUGAGCGGGAUGAGAAGGGCGGACGCAGCGAAGCAUACGCCCGAACCGCCUGA